GCGCGUCUUCGCAGCGAUGGCGAUGCUCAUGGUACUCCCGUCCUCAUCGUCCGGCUGGGUCCAGCUCUGCCAACCCCCGUAGAGUCAUCUGCAAUUCCAUUGCUUCGUGGCGUUUGACCUGGCACAUGACUACACAUGGUUCUAACCCCCAGCUAGCUAGUUCAGUUGCUGCUACUGCAUCAAGCUGGAGGCGAUGAUCUGUCUUUUGCAGAGGCGGUGCUACAUUGUUCUCUUUUUCCAUGAGUUUCCCAGAUUCGCCGCGUAUCUCUAGCUGAACAUCUGGCACCAGUGACCAUCUGGUUCCCUGGAUAAAUCACCGCCAGGCAGCCACUCUCUGUCUACAAGUCACUUCUCUGCAUGAAACAUGCAACAGGUUGAGACAUGACCUAGACUAGGCGUAGGUUGAGAGUGAAGCUGCCGCAGGUUGUUUCAGUUUUCCGCUGGCUGAACAAGAAUAUUGGACCGGAAAUGAUAACCUGGAGUCGAACAAGAAUAUUGGCUCCAACUGCAUUCGGAAGUAGAGUGAGGAAGGUGUGAUUACAUUGUGUCGGUUUCACCCCGCGAUGGACUUCACGAGGGUGCAAUAAGGCCUGCAGCCGUGGUGGUUGAUCUUACAUGGUUGCAGCUUUGUGUCCAUAGCACUUUGCACGUUGAGAAGUAGAAUUACGUAAGGUGCAGAAGCGCGGGACCAGCUAUUGGAUGGCUUCGGGACAACAUUGCUGGAUUUGGCAGAGUCAGUAUUCUUUUUAAAUAUCGGGUGGCGUUCCUUUGUAAUCUAAAUCGAUCGAAAGUGCUUGGGAACUGUCGGAGUUAUGAGAUCGGGGUUCUCGGUGAUCGAGGUCUACAGCCCUGACAGCAGAUCUGUUCAACAAAAAAAGCCUGCCUAUCGUCAAUCAUUUUGGCACAAAGACUUGAACUGAGAAGUUUGAGGCGGCGGAGAGGGAAACUCCAUCCCUUCCUGUAAGGUCUGAAGAGAUAUUAUCACUCAACGACCAAGAAGCUGGAGCCGUGAGAGUAAUAAUUUUGUGAGAAGUGUUGAAGCAAGAGGCCUGUCUUGAAAUGGCACAUUUCCAGAUUCAGGAAAGAUUUAUUUGGGGAGCUGUGUUAUGCUGUUGUUUCGUGUUAUGCUUGUUUUCCGCGAGGACUGAAGCUCAAAUAGGCGUUGCAACGCCAAGAAUUGUACCAAAGCUGAACACGCUAUUUUACAGCCAUAGCUGCCCAGGACUGCAGCAGGUGGUAACGUCCACCAUGGCCAGGAACUUGCAACAAGAUAUCUCUUCUGGGGCUCCUCUACUCCGCAUGUUCUUCCACGAUUGCGCUGUCAAUGGAUGUGACGGGUCAGUGUUGAUUGCUUCAACUCCUAACAACACAGCUGAGCGUGAUGCUGUCCCCAACUUGACGGUGCGAGGAUACGACAUUGUCGAUGACAUUAAGAGCCAAGUCGAGGCCAUGUGCCCUGGCAUUGUGUCCUGUGCCGAUAUCAUCGCACUUGCAAGCCGCGACGCCGUUGUGCAGGCAGGAGGCCCGACGUGGUCUGUGGAGCUCGGGCGAAGAGACGGUCGCGUCUCCAGAGCUGAUCAAGCAGGAAGCAUGCUGCCUUCCUCCCAAUCGACUGCCGAGUCUCUGAUCGUACAGUUCGCUGCGAUGGGCUUGACUCCCCGUGACAUGGCCACAUUGUCGGGGGCACACACUUUUGGAAGGGUUCAUUGUGCGCAAGUCGCAAGGCGAUUCUUCGGCUUUAACAGCACAACUGGGUAUGAUCCUCUCCUCUCGGAAACUUACGCUAUCAAGCUCCGCAGCAUGUGUCCACAACCCGUGGACAACACAGCACGCAUCCCCACGGAGCCCAUCACCCCAGACCAGUUCGACGAGAACUACUACACUUCGGUGCUGGAAAGCAGAGGCAUUCUGACUUCGGAUUCGUCAUUGCUCAUCAACGUGAAAACAGGACGGUACGUAACGGAAUACGCAAACAACAGAUCUGUAUUCUUUGAGCGCUUCACCGCAGCCAUGCUCAAAAUGGGCCGCGUGGGAGUGAAGCUGGGGUCGGAAGGUGAAAUUCGAAGAGUGUGCUCUGUUGUGAACUGAAUCACGAUCGCGAGCUUCUCAUAGCCACACAUAAAAGUUGCAACAUCUAGUUUGCAAGACUAGUUUGUAAAUUGUAGACCUCCAGGCACAUUCUUCUUCACAGCAUUGUCCACCCGUCGAGAGAAAACUUACUCAGAGGACUCCUUAUGCACCUGCUGUGCUUAAUACGAAUGUGUUCACAUCUACAUCGUGAAUAUCGAUAUUGCACCUCCGUAUUGCACACGAAAGAAUUUGCUCGCCAUUCAGUGCGGCCAGCUCUCGACAGGCCGUGAUAACCCCAUUUUCUGCAAUGAUAGCUCUUCCGAUCCCUCUCUCACGGAUUUCCGAACCGACGCGUUAAACUUCCGAGGCAGGUUCCGGAGCUGGUCAUGUGUUAGGUUCGGAACGAACCACGAUGGGGCGGAAACUGCCCGGUGGGUGGGUGACUCAUAAAGUUUCUGAAUCAUGUCCGCAACUUGUCCCAGGCACAAUGGAUGAAUAAACGACAUCGUUUUUAUCAUCCGUGUCAUGACGGAUGAUAAAUGAUCCCACGCGAUUUGCGUCCAAUUGAGUAGGUUUUUACGAGAUAUUAUUAAAAACCACUUUCGAGCUUUUCAAAAGUAGACUGUACCGUAAUAGAAACAAAGCCAUAAAUUAGAUUUUAUAUUAUUUACAGUACGUAACGUAAUUCCUCCAAAAAGAAGUUCCAGAGUUUGGACUACUUUCCUUCUAUAAAUAUCUUCCUGUUUCAUAA